AGGCGCCUGUUGAGGACUGUUUUACGUCGCGGGCCCGCUUUAAGGUCCCUGCUUUAAGAGCUAAUGGCGGAGCCUGGCGGGUUGAAGUUGGCGGUGGCCUAGGCCUUGAAGGAAUUCAGCAUCUGUCGGAUAUCCACGCCAUCCUUCCUGAGGCAGGCUUGUUUUACUUGGUAUAACAGGCCUGAUUGUGGAGUUGUGACUGUCUCAGUGUUGCUGCCACCAUGUUUCUAUACAACUUGACCUUGCAGCGAGCCACUGGCAUCAGCUUUGCCAUUCAUGGCAACUUCUCUGGAACCAAACAACAGGAAAUUGUUGUUUCCCGUGGGAAGAUACUGGAGCUGCUUCGUCCCGACCCCAACACUGGCAAAGUACACACUCUACUAACUGUGGAAGUAUUUGGUGUUAUCCGGUCACUCAUGGCCUUUAGGCUGACGGGUGGCACCAAAGACUACAUUGUGGUUGGCAGUGACUCAGGUCGGAUUGUUAUCCUGGAAUACCAGCCAUCUAAGAAUAUGUUUGAGAAAAUUCACCAAGAAACCUUUGGCAAGAGUGGAUGCCGCCGCAUUGUUCCUGGCCAGUUCUUAGCUGUGGAUCCCAAGGGGCGAGCUGUUAUGAUUAGUGCCAUUGAAAAACAGAAAUUGGUAUAUAUCUUGAACAGAGAUGCUGCAGCCCGGCUUACCAUUUCAUCUCCCUUGGAAGCCCACAAAGCGAACACUUUAGUAUAUCAUGUGGUUGGAGUAGAUGUAGGAUUUGAAAAUCCAAUGUUUGCCUGUCUGGAAAUGGAUUAUGAGGAAGCAGACAAUGAUCCCACAGGGGAAGCAGCAGCUAAUACCCAGCAGACGCUUACUUUCUAUGAGUUAGACCUUGGUUUAAAUCAUGUGGUCCGAAAAUACAGUGAACCUUUGGAGGAACAUGGCAACUUUCUUAUUACAGUUCCCGGAGGGUCAGAUGGUCCAAGUGGAGUGCUGAUCUGCUCUGAAAACUAUAUCACCUACAAGAACUUUGGUGACCAACCAGAUAUCCGCUGUCCAAUUCCCAGGAGACGGAAUGACCUGGAUGACCCUGAAAGAGGAAUGAUUUUUGUCUGCUCUGCCACCCAUAAGACCAAAUCGAUGUUCUUCUUUUUGGCCCAAACUGAGCAGGGAGAUAUCUUCAAGAUCACUUUGGAAACAGAUGAAGAUAUGGUUACUGAGAUUCGGCUCAAGUAUUUUGAUACUGUGCCUGUUGCUGCUGCCAUGUGUGUGCUUAAAACAGGCUUCCUUUUUGUAGCAUCAGAAUUUGGAAAUCAUUACUUAUAUCAAAUUGCACAUCUUGGAGAUGAUGAUGAAGAGCCUGAGUUUUCAUCUGCCAUGCCUCUGGAAGAAGGAGACACAUUCUUCUUCCAGCCAAGACCACUUAAAAACCUUGUGCUGGUCGAUGAGUUGGACAGCCUCUCUCCCAUUUUGUUUUGCCAGAUAGCUGAUCUGGCCAAUGAAGACACACCACAGCUGUAUGUGGCCUGCGGUAGGGGACCCCGAUCAUCUCUGAGAGUCCUGCGGCACGGACUUGAGGUGUCAGAAAUGGCUGUCUCUGAGUUACCCGGUAACCCCAAUGCUGUGUGGACAGUGCGUCGGCACAUUGAAGAUGAGUUUGAUGCCUAUAUCAUUGUGUCUUUCGUGAAUGCCACACUUGUACUAUCCAUCGGAGAGACUGUGGAAGAAGUGACUGACUCUGGGUUCCUGGGCACAACCCCAACCUUAUCCUGCUCCUUGUUAGGAGAUGAUGCCUUGGUACAGGUGUAUCCUGAUGGCAUUCGGCAUAUAAGAGCAGACAAGCGAGUCAAUGAGUGGAAGACCCCUGGGAAGAAAACGAUUGUGAAAUGUGCUGUGAACCAGCGACAAGUGGUGAUUGCCCUGACAGGAGGAGAGCUGGUCUAUUUUGAGAUGGAUCCUUCAGGACAGCUGAAUGAGUACACAGAGCGGAAGGAGAUGUCAGCCGAUGUGGUGUGCAUGAGUCUGGCCAAUGUGCCUCCUGGAGAGCAGCGGUCUCGCUUCCUUGCUGUGGGGCUGGUGGACAAUACUGUCAGAAUCAUCUCCCUGGACCCCUCAGACUGUUUGCAGCCUCUGAGCAUGCAAGCUCUCCCAGCCCAGCCUGAAUCCUUGUGUAUUGUGGAAAUGGGUGGGACUGAGAAGCAAGAUGAGCUGGGUGAGAGGGGCUCUAUUGGCUUCCUAUACUUGAAUAUUGGGUUACAGAAUGGUGUGCUGCUGAGAACUGUCCUGGACCCCGUCACUGGGGAUCUGUCUGACACCCGCACUAGGUACCUGGGGUCUCGUCCUGUGAAACUCUUCCGUGUCCGGAUGCAAGGCCAAGAGGCAGUGUUGGCCAUGUCUAGCCGCUCGUGGUUGAGCUAUUCUUACCAGUCUCGUUUCCAUCUCACCCCCUUGUCUUAUGAGACCCUGGAAUUUGCGUCUGGCUUCGCCUCUGAACAGUGUCCUGAGGGCAUUGUUGCCAUCUCCACCAAUACUCUGAGGAUUUUAGCAUUGGAGAAGCUAGGUGCUGUCUUCAAUCAGGUAGCCUUUCCAUUGCAGUAUACACCCAGGAAAUUUGUCAUUCACCCAGAGAGUAACAACCUUAUCAUCAUUGAGACAGACCACAAUGCCUACACAGAAGCUACAAAAGCUCAGAGAAAGCAACAGAUGGCAGAGGAAAUGGUAGAAGCAGCAGGGGAGGACGAGCGGGAGCUUGCUGCAGAGAUGGCAGCAGCGUUCCUGAAUGAAAACCUCCCUGAAUCCAUUUUUGGAGCUCCUAAGGCUGGCAAUGGGCAGUGGGCCUCUGUGAUCCGAGUCAUGAAUCCUAUUCAAGGGAACACACUAGACCUUGUCCAGCUAGAACAGAAUGAGGCUGCUUUUAGUGUGGCUGUUUGUAGGUUCUCCAAUACUGGUGAUGAUUGGUAUGUGUUGGUGGGCGUGGCCAAAGACCUGAUACUCAAUCCCCGGUCUGUAGCAGGGGGCUUUGUCUAUACCUACAAGCUUGUGAACAAUGGGGAAAAAUUGGAGUUUUUGCACAAGACUCCAGUGGAAGAGGUCCCUGCUGCCAUUGCCCCAUUCCAGGGGAGGGUGUUGAUUGGUGUGGGGAAGCUUCUGCGAGUCUAUGACUUGGGGAAGAAGAAGUUACUCCGAAAGUGUGAGAACAAGCAUAUUGCCAAUUACAUCUCUGGGAUCCAGACUAUUGGACACAGGGUAAUUGUGUCUGACGUCCAGGAAAGUUUCAUCUGGGUUCGAUACAAGCGUAAUGAGAACCAGCUCAUCAUUUUUGCUGAUGAUACUUACCCACGAUGGGUCACUACGGCUAGCCUUCUGGACUAUGACACUGUGGCUGGGGCAGAUAAGUUUGGCAACAUUUGUGUGGUAAGGCUCCCACCUAACACCAAUGAUGAAGUGGAUGAGGAUCCCACAGGAAACAAAGCCUUGUGGGACCGGGGCUUGCUCAACGGGGCCUCUCAGAAGGCAGAGGUGAUCAUGAACUACCAUGUAGGCGAGACAGUGCUGUCAUUACAGAAGACCACACUGAUCCCCGGAGGCUCAGAAUCGCUUGUCUAUACCACCUUGUCAGGAGGAAUUGGCAUCCUUGUCCCAUUCACAUCCCAUGAGGACCAUGACUUCUUCCAGCAUGUGGAAAUGCACCUACGGUCUGAGCAUCCCCCUCUCUGUGGGCGAGACCACCUCAGCUUUCGUUCCUAUUACUUCCCUGUUAAGAAUGUGAUAGACGGAGACCUCUGUGAGCAGUUCAACUCCAUGGAGCCCAACAAACAGAAGAAUGUCUCUGAAGAACUGGACCGAACCCCACCUGAGGUGUCCAAGAAGCUUGAGGACAUCCGGACCCGUUAUGCCUUCUGAGCCCUUUCCCUGUGGGGCUUGUGUCAGAGACUCUGUUUUGUUUCCCCUACCACCUGGCUCUGAAUCCAUGUGGCAGAAGGGUGGCUGGUUAAUUAAGACUUUGUAAUAUUAAAGCUAGUAUGUCUUUCGUAUCCACUCUUUCCCUGGAGUGACUGGUUCCCCCUAAAAUUGGCACUGAAAUUUGCUAUGCUUCUUUUUGCCUAGUACGUAAUACAUUGCCCCCAGGUUCUGGUGUGUAAUAAGAUGUUGGCGAUUCCCCCAAGCUUUCCCUGCACUGAAGUUUCUGGCUCUCUUGUCUACUUUUGUACACACCCUUAGUUUUUAACCAGUUUUCCUGUAAAUAUAGUUUUGUACAAUGUUAUCUUUGUGGGUGGGAGGUGGGGGAGAGAUGUGGGGAAGGCAGGCAAGCUGAGGUGGGGACCAGGUUGAAUAUAGUAUAACUCCUGAGUUCUGCCACUCUGAAAUCUAACCAGAAAUACAAUGUAGUUUUUAAGGUGGCUGGAGUCCAUGUGUCUUUUCUGGGGGUGAGAAUUUAGGUGGGAGAUUUAAACCUGAGUUGGAGCAGGAAGAAUGGAGUAUCCUCCUUCUUUCCAGCUACCUGCUUGUACUUCUGGUUCCCUGUGGCCUCACUCCUGGCUUUGUGGUGGUUUUUUGGCUUCCUGUAGUUCUUUCUGCUAUGCAGAUGAAACUUGGGCUUAAUAAUAAACAUGGGGUCAGCCACACCUCUUCCCAUUGAAUAUUGAGGAAGGGUGGCUGAUUUCUUCUCUGGUGUUUUAUUUUAUUUUUUUAGUGUUUGUUUAUUUUUAGAGAGAAAAGGUAUGCCUGUGCAUGGUAGGGAGGGGCUGAGAGAGGGAGACAGAAUCCUAAGCAGGCUCUGCGCUAUCAGCACUAUCAGUGCAGAGCCUGACGUGGGGCUCUGUCCCAUGAACUGUGAGAUCAGUAUGAGCUGAAAUCAAGAGUCAGACAUUUAACUGACUGAGCCACCCAGGUGCCCCUCUCCUCCCCUGUUGUAGCUUCUUCCUACUUUGAGGUCUUAAGAGUGAAGGAUUCAGCAUGCAUUCUAGCUGGGUAGUCUCUUAACAGAUGCUCCCUUUACUUCUACAGCUCCUGAAAUGAUCGUUUGCCUUAUGAAUCCUAGGAAGGAUCAGUACGUACUACAGAGCAGUCAGAAGAGUCCUCUUCACCAAUCCAUAAGCACAUGGCCAGCUGUUUCUGUACAAGCUUGAAAACCAGCAUCAGAAGACAUGACCAAAAAAAAGACACAGCCAACUCACUGUCUGCUCUGUACCCAGAAGUUGAAGAGUUUUUAUAACCUGUCAGUUUUGGCACUUGCUCCUACCCUCGAGCCCCUUAAAAUCAGCAAACCCCGAGAAGACCGCGUCCUCCUGGGUGAACAGAUUCCCUCCCCCCCCUCCCCCUUCUUGGAGUUUAUUCUCCAUCAAGAAUGAAUACUGGGGGCAAUGGCAAGAACAUUUUUGUAGCUCAGUUCAUGUUACAUAUGCAGCUUCUUAGACACAUUCUUCUGGGGACCAGCCUAACUUUGUUUGGCUGACAUGAAGAAAAAGGAUUUUUAUCCAUAUAGAGACCAACACUGCCAGGGGAGUGGCCAGGGUGUCUCCAGAGGCACAGAAGGUCAGACAGGCCUGUGAUGAAGAGCCAAAGAGAGGCAGUGGGCGGCUGAGGACUGAGUAUCUGAGUGGCAGCUCUUGGCCAAGUUGGCUUCCCCACUUGGGUCUCCCUGUCAGGUUGGAG